AUGAAAGCAGCUUGCAAUCAGCAGACAAAACGCCGCUUCAGGCAUUCAGAUGUUCAGCCGAUGGAAACGGGAUUCGAAAGAUAUGUUAGGCUUUUAGGACUGGACCUAUCCGAGUACUUUUACCCCUUCGAAAACAAUAUUGAUUUCGAAGAGCCACCGACUGACGACAAAAGCACCCCACCGAAACACCAAAUGGAAGACCGGCAGAUUCAUUCUGUGCCCCCAACCCCGCCUUCUACUCCAUCGAACAGGAUUGCGGGCGGCCUGUCUACUUUGGGACCCGCAAGGGAUCCAAGGCCUGCAACAGUGUCCCGUAGGGCCUGGAAGCAACUCAAGAAAAUCAUAGAGCGCCAGAAGAAAGUAGCCGAGGCUGCAGAACCCAAUCGCGCAAUCGCGAUUGCACCUGAAGAGAGCUGUGGGGACGGUGAACCUAAUCAGAAAUCCGAGAAAAAAGAAGAGCCCGAAGUCAAUAAUAAAGAAGAGCCUGAAAUCAAUAACAAAGAAGAGCCCAAAGUCAAUAACCUAGAAGAGCCCGAAGUCAAUAGCAAAGAAGAGCCCGAAGUCAAUAACAAAGAAGAGCCCGAAGUCAAUAACAAAGAAGAGCCCGAAGUCAAUAACAAAGAAGAGCCCGAAGUCACUAACAAAGAAAAGCCCGAAACCAAUCCUCGUUGCGAGGAAAUACAAAACUCGCAUUUAGAAGACUUCAAACACUCACCUGAUAGGUCCAAGGUAGAAGAAUUCCCGCCGCCCAAAACAUGCUUUUCGAGAUCCGUUCAACAACGCUCCUGCAAUGUCGAGGCGUCGAACACAGUAAAAGACCAGAAGGAAGCAUCCACAUCCAAGAAGAAUGCUGUGAGCUGGUACCCUGUGGCAGAGGUUGUGACUGUCGAGACCGAAAGUCCAACAACAACCCAUCCAGUCGACAUAAGCACUGCUGGGCUCGUUGAGAAAUCCACGCUAAGAUCUUGUAGGCGCAUCAUGAAUCGCCAGAGUCCUGCGAUUGGUAGCGGCUCAAGCAGCUCUCGAGAUUUGCUCAAGGAUUAA